UUCAAAGUCGCGAGUGGCCUGUUUAGCGCAGUAAACCGUCGACUGCGACCGAGGAACUCGAUCGUGUUUGUGUUGGCGAUGGCGCCGCCGACGACUGCCGCAGAAUCAGCGUACAUUUCGCUGCGCCCAAGCUACAAGAACAAGCCAACGACGACGAAAAUGAAGCAAAUCAUUUCGGCAGUGCUCCAAGAAAAGCUCGACAACACGGCGUACCAGUCGGACAAAGCGUCGCAGCUGACGAAGGAGAUCGCGGACACUGUCAAACUCCAGCUAAAGGCAUGUGAGUUCCCUCGAUGCAAGUACGUGGUCCAAGUUGUCAUCGGCGAGCAACGAGGAGAAGGCGUGCGCAUGGGGUGCCGAUGUUUCUGGGACGCCGAGACGGACUGCUAUGCUACGGAAACGUACACGAACGAUAGCCUGUACUGCGUCGCGACGGCUUUUAGCGUGUAUUUGUAUUGAUCUUUGAUAAUCGAACGUUGCAGGAGAGUCGAGUUUGCCAAGCUCUG